GUUUUGUGUCCCAAAUCCCUAGUUGCAUAUAGAAUGAAAAAAUGUUUCUCAAAGUAAAAUGGAAAAAAAAACCCACAAGUUGUGUGAAAAUCUUUAUAAACUUCGUUGUUAUCGUCGUCUGAAGCCUCGUCGUCAUCGUUUGAAGCUCGCAGUUGUCGUCUAAAGCCUUGUCGUCACCAUGCAAAGCCUACUAUCAUCAUUCGUCAAAGUCACCUAAGCGUGAGAGAUUUUGAGAAUAAAAAACUUGAAGAUGGAGGAAGUGAGAGAAAAAUGACCUAUUUUAGCAUUCUUUUUAUCGAGGAUAAUUUGGAUAUUUUACCAUGCCCUAAAACUCCAUUUUCAAAACACAUCCCAAAUUUCAUUGAACCCAAAAUUUUAUCCUUUUUUUUUUUUUUUUUUUUUUGCAAUUUCCCAAGUUUAUUUUGAAGAUUCUAUGAAACACCGUCUUUCUUAGUAAGCACUUUCGAAGGGUGUGAAAGAUUUUUCCGCUGGAAAAUCCGGUGAGGCCAAAGGGGCAUGGUCAACGCAAUCGGUGGAGAAAACGUAAAUUUAGUAAGGGUUGGGAAAGAGUGAGUUAAGGAAAAUCGGAGAGUGGGAAAUGGUUGCGGAGAUUUGAAGGAAUGAACGGCCGGAUUGAAAGGAGUGCUUGAGGGAAAAUGGGAGAAAGGAGUUCUGCUGUGGAGAUUUGAAGGAAUGAACGGCCGGAUUGAAAGGAGUGCUUGAGGGAAAAUGGGAGAAAGGAGUUCUGCUGUGGAGAUUUGAAGGGAGAUUAGAGUUAAAGUCACUGAAAUUUCCAUGACGUCCGGAGAAUAUUUUCUUCCGAUCUCUUCUUUGGGUUCCUGUUGAUUCGCCGCCUUGAUCAACUUUUCUUCUCCCAUCCUUUUCAUUUUACGGCCUGAAUCGUCAUUAGCCCAAAAUUCCAUGGUUUCAUUAUUCUAGAUGCAUCAUCUCUUUCACAAGGAUUACAAAAAUCAACGACUAGAAUUCACGGUCAAAUUUGUGUCGGAGAUUGGAAUUUGUGGCUGCAUUUUGUCACUAGAAGAGGUUGUAUUUUGACUUUUUUAGGUUGGGAUUUGGGAUAAAUUUUUGGGAGAACGGUGAAGGCUGGAUUGUGUUUUGUGAGAGAUGGAAAAUGAAGUUUGGAGAUGGGGAAUCGGUUUGUUUUAUAUAUUUUUGGUUGCAACCAUAUGGAUAGCUGCUAGUUUUGUGGUUCAAUCUGUUGUUGAUGAAGGUGUUUCACCAUUUCUUGUUACAUACAUCUGCAAUUCAUUGUUUGUGAUUUACAUCCCAAUCAUUGAAAUUGCACGUUUCUUGGAGGAUAAGUAUGGAAACUUGUUGUUUUGGAAAAACAAAAAAUUGGAUGCAUUACAAGAAUUGAGGGAUGAACCCGAGCAGGCCAUACUUCUUGGAGAAACCAAUCUUGUUACAAAUGUUGAUCAUUACAAUACUUCCAUGCAUAUGCAUAUGCAUAUGCAUGUGGAAGAUGCACAACCAGUUUUGAAAGGAGAAAGUAAAUUUUUAGAAACAGGAUACUCAUCUUAUGACAAACAAGUGGAUGAAAAAGGACGUUGGACACGGAUUAGAGUGGCGAAAGUUAGCUUAUUCAUAUGCCCUUUUUGGUUCCUUGCUCAGCUCACUUUUAAUCUAUCACUGAAGUAUACUACUGUUACAUCAAAUACUAUCUUAAGCAGUGGUUCCAGCCUCUUUACAUUUUUGGUUUCUCUGGCAUUUUUGGGCGAGAAGUUUACAUGGGUGAAACUUGCUAGUGUUCUCCUUUGUAUGGGGGGCACAAUAAUUGUCAGCCUGGGGGAUUUGCAAUCUGAAAUGACGUUGAAGACUGCUUCAAAUCCUCUACUUGGUGAUGUUCUUUCCCUCGUCUCAGCAGGCUUAUAUGCUGUAUACAUUACCCUAAUUCGCAAGAAACUGCCUGAGGAUGAUGAGAUGAACGGAAAGGCUAGUAUGGCACAAUUUCUUGGAUUCCUUGGGCUUUUCAACCUUGUUAUUUUUUUUCCAGUUGCCCUUAUAAUCAAAUUCACCAAUGUGGAACCAUUUCGCUUGCGGACUUGGAAGGAAGUUGGUAUGAUUGUUGCUAAAGGAUUGCUGGAUAAUGUGCUGAGUGAUUACUUGUGGGCUAAAGCCGUUCUUCUAACCACAACUACUGUAGCAACAGCUGGUCUCACAAUUCAAGUUCCAUUGGCUGCCAUUGUCGAUUCAGUAACAGGCAAUGCUCCACAUCUCAUGGAUUAUCUUGGGGCUGUGGCUGUCAUGAUCGGUUUUGUUGGUAUCAACAUUCCAUCUGAUGCAUUUAGCUGUUCUAAAGACGUCUCUAUUGAAUUGCCUAGUGAGGAUGUAAUUUCUGGUGAUCGUAAUCACACAACAUCAAUCAGGCAAGAUCCAGCUACAGCUAGCGUUUCAUAGUAUGCAAAAGCUGUUUUGUAUUUGCCAUUUUACACCUGCAGGUUGAGAUUAAAUGUACAAAAUCGCUCCAUGCACGGAUAGAAGAAUGUCGAAUGGUUUAGCUAAAUGAAUGACAUUCUUUUUCCUGAUUCAGAAAUUUGAUAUACCAGCCUCUAUCAUAGAGACUCAAAAGGGUUUUCAACUUUCAGCACAUACACGAUGGAAGGAAGUAUAGCUGCAGUAAGAGUUUGUCGUCUCGGAAAGGAAUCAGCUAAUUGUAUUAUGGGUAGACAGUUUGUUAAUAUAGUUUUUCUUGUCACCCAUGUGCUUUGAUUUUGGCACUUGUCUUUGUAUGUCCAGUCGUUUGGUUGAUUUAUCUUCUCUAGGUUGCAGUGUGAUUCCAGAUGGACAAAGUAGUUUUUGAGCAAUGCUCGUUGACUUGUUCACGGUCGAAGAUGGAAGACACGAUUUGAGCUCGGAAUGUUGUGUUUGGUAGAUUUUGUUAUUAGCAUCUUUUUAUAGAAGACCUGAUUUGAGCUCAUAAUCUUUUUAUAGUAUAGAAUUGUUUAUAAAUCGAAGUUUAUUGUUACAA